UACAACUGCAAGAGAAUCCCUCGGUUUUCAGUGUUUUGGAAUUAAUGGAGGGAUUUUUGAAAGGACACCAAAAACAACAUUAGGUGGAAACAGGUGAAAGGGUGCGCGGUGGGAGUCUGAUGCAGCAGAGGAGCAGGGUGCUCAGCUGCUCCACCCCCAGACGGAGGAGCAUGCUGCUGGGCUGCUGCUGCCGGAACCAGGGGUCAUCUGGACCUCCACCCACAGCAGCAGCAUCAGCACCACCAGCAUCAGCACAACCAGCAGGCAGCGCCAUCAGCAGGCUGCAUUCGCCCUUAGACUGAGCUGGGCCUCAGCAGCCUGGGUCUGGGUUUGGUGUCGCAGCCCUGGGCCUGGAUCUCCCAGCCAGUGGUGUGUCGUUCAGGGGGUUAUAAAGUGCGAUUGAGUCACCAGGACCCCAUGUAUAUAGGGGGCCCACCAAACACAGUCCAAUUUAUGAAGAUAUGUGGCUGGCGGGGUCCAUUUGAGGUGAUAGUACUACAAAGGACCCAAAAUUUGCUGCUACGGCGACCCUGCAUCUCCCAGCGAUGCACCAGCUCUUCAGCCUGGUCCUGGGCCAGAGGGACCUGUCCCGCGCCGGAGACCUCUUCUCCCUGGAGGAUGCGGAGAUCGAGGAGUGCCUCUCGGAGGCUCUGGAACAGAUCAAGGCUAUCUCCUGCUCUCCGGACUACCUGACCAAUGACAAUGACCAGGCAGUGGUGGAGAUCUGCAUCACGCGCAUCACCACGGCGAUCCGCGAGACCCACUCCAUGGAGCGGCACGGGGCGGCCCUGGUGGCCCUCUGGGAGUCCUGUCUGGAGCAUAACCUGCAGCCGCAGGGCAAGGACGAGGACACGCCCCACGCCAAGAUCGCCUCCGACAUCACCAGCUGCAUCCUGCAGAACUACAACCGGCCCUUGGUGAUGGCCCUGGCGGUUCCGGUGGCGGUGCGCUUCCUGCAGCGAGGGAACCGGGAACUCUGCAGGAACAUGUCCAGCUACCUGUCUCUGGCAGCCAUCGCCAAAGCCGACCUCUUGGCAGAGCACACGGAAGCCAUCACCUGCAGCGUGCUGGAAGGCAACCACAUGCUGCUUCGCGUGCUGCCCUCGGUGUACCCGCUGCGGCCGCUGCCCAUCCAUCAGCACCUGGCCCUGCUGCUGGCCACCAGGGCACAGCUGGACCCGGCCGCACGCCAACACCUGCUGCGCCUCCUGCAGAUGGUGGCCCAGAAACACCCCCUGGUGCUGGCUCCCCAGGUGCCGUGCCUGAUGGGCUACCUGAGUGACCCGGUGCUGAGUGAGGCGGUGCUGGGCGUGCUGGUGGAGGUGUCCCAGGUCAGCCCGGCCUCGCUGGCCCCCUUCCUGCCCCGCCUCAGGGCCACAGGACAGCAGCACACCGCCCUCCUGGGACACGUGGCCAAGAUCCACGGAGCCGUGGGCAUGACCAGCGAGGAGGAUGGGCGUGUGUCCCUGCUGUACCUGGUGUCCUUGCUGUCCAGUAUGGAGCACAGUGUUCACCACACGCUGCUGCUGGAGAUCCGGCGGCUGACGGAGCGCUACAGCGGGCUCCUGGGGGGCGGGGCCAAGGACAUCUACCGCAUGAGCAACAGCUUCAGCGCCAUCGCACGCAUGCUGACGCGGCGCCUGGAGGCAGCCGGGGCGUGCAGUAGGGGUGAGGAGUCAGAGGACCCGUGUAAGACCGGCGAGGGGGACUCGGGUGGCGGGAGCGUGGGGGAGGAGGACCAGCGUCUGCAGGUGAAGAUCCAGGCCUUCGAGGAGAAGAUGGUGGAGGAGUGUGGAGCGGAGCCCCAGGAGGACGAGAGCUCUCCGCCCCCCCAGCGGCGCUACAGCCUGGGCCAGUCCGCCCGCGACGAACGCCGGGAGAUGAGGUUCAACAGGUCCAAGAGUUUGGCCCUGCACGCGGUGCGCUCUCGUUCCAUCAACUCCGAAAACGGCCAGGAGGACGGCGUGGAGCUGACCUCGGAGGCCCUGCUGUGCGAGAGCCCCCCGAGUCCUCCAGAGACGCCCCGCACCCCCAACAUGAACACCGCACCCCUGUCCUCCUCCACCACCACCACCACCACCACUACGCCCCCCCUCAUAGCUCCCACCUUCACCUCCACGGUGACCCUCAAGUCGAGUCCUCACGAGCAGGACGGGGAGCCAGGAGAACCAAAAGGGGAAGGAGAGAAGGACACGUCAAUGGACAAAGCCCCGGACUCAGACAGGCUGCUGACGCACAUGAGGGACCACCUAGAGACCAUCAAGGCCUUUUGCACGGAGAUGGUCAAGCAGAUUCCUGUACCGGACCACUGUGUGAUCGAAGACACCAGCCGGGGCUGCAUGGCCAAGCUGUCCUUCUCGUGCCCGUUGAAGGGCCACUACUGCCUGUACAGCAAGUCCUGCUUCUCCCUCAGCAGCUGCCAGCCACACCUCUGGAUACACAUCAUGCUGCUGGCUCUGCAGGGUAAGUCCAGUGAGCCCCUGUGUAGCCAGGAUGAGUGUGUGCUGCGUCUGCAGGCCCUGUGGGAGAGGACCCAGCUCAAGGGCUCGCACAGCUUCACCAUGGCCAUGAGCCAGACCAUCACCCCACACAAGAAGGACCUGGACAGUCUGCAGGUGCAUCUAGAGGAGGUUCGCUUCUUCGACCUGUUUGGGUACAGUGAAGAGGAGGGAGGCUGGCUCUGCUUUAUGUGCAACAACCCAGAGAAGGCCACAGUUGUGAACCAAGAUGGCCAACCGCUGAUUGAAGGCAAGCUGAAAGAGAAGCAGGUGCGCUGGAAGUUUAUCAAACGCUGGAAAACACGUUACUUUACCCUGGCUGGCAACCAGCUCCUCUUCCGCAAGGGAAAAUCGAAGGACGAGCUGGACGACAGCCCCAUCGAGCUGAGCAAGGUGCAGAGCGUGAAGGUGGUGGCCAAGAAGCGUCGCGACCGCGGGCUGCCUCGCGCCUUCGAGAUCUUCACGGACAGCAAGAGCUACGUGCUGAAGGCCCAGGACGAGAAGCACGCCGAGGAGUGGCUACAGUGCAUCAACGUGGCGGUGGCCCAGGCCAAAGAACGGGAGAACCGAGAGGCCACCACCUACCUAUGAGGCCGCCAUGAGUCAGGUCACUGUGUCCAUUCCGGGUUCAGAACGUGCCACAAAAUUGGAUACAGCUCUGAAUCAGCUGAUUGUAAUAAGCACAAGAUGGAGUAGACCAAUUACUCAGUCACCUGUGUUGAAAGGAUAUUGUGGCUAGGGAAUCUUCUUCUGAAUCUGGAGGCCAAAUGUGACCCAGUACAAGAUGGGUAGGCUU